UUCGCUUGGGCGUGCAAAGUAUGCGAAUAAUUAUUUGGUUCGCAAAGUGAACUUCAUAUAAAAGCCAGUAGUCUAAACAGAAAAUAUCAAUAUUCACUCCACACUUCAAUCGUAACGAAGUACAAUCCAAAAUAAUCAACAUGCUCAAAUUGUUCGCUGUUUGCUUCUUGGCUCUCUUCGCUGUUGCCUUCGGUGCUGCUAAGCCCGGUUUGUUGGCUGCUCCAUUGGCUUACUCCGCUCCAUUAGCUGCUGCUCCCAUUGCUCAUGCUUAUGCCGCUCCAGUUGCCGCUGCUUACUCCGCUCCUCUCGCCUACACCGCCGGAUAUGCUGGUUACGUCGCACCCUAUGCCAGCAGCUACAAUGCUCACUCGAUCGCCCACUCUGCUGCUUUCCCCGCUGCCUAUGCCGCUGCUCCAGUAGUUGCUGCCCCAGCGCCCGCGGUUGCUUUGCUCCGCAAAUAGAUAUGAAAUCGUGUGAUGCUUGCUUAAGGAGAAUUCUGUUUUCUAGAACUGAUACGCCAAAUGUUGCGAAGCGGAAUAAAAUGAACCUGAAGAUUACAUAAAAUAGCCUCGAAA